GACGUCUGUAACGCGUCACGAGGAGAGGGAGAGGGAGAGAGAGAGAGAGAAAGAGAGAGAUGAGCACGGAUACUACAAAUGUGCAAUCGCGGAGACGUUCUCUAUUAUAAGUUCGCUAUAGAUACCGCAAGCCACACGUUUCUCGCGCAUCUACCUACGCUCACCCAUCCACCCGCAGUUGGCAGGAGAAACGUAUCUCAUUACACCCACUCUCUCUUCCGCCCUUUCCUCCCUCUUACACUGGUAAUGCGUCACAGCGACGCCCGCGUCGCGUCGCGUCGCGUCGCGUUGCCUCGCGCGUGCUCCCUUCAACCCCCAGCGGAACCGCAGCCAUUGUCGGAGGGUCGGUCGGUCGGCUCGAUUCUUCGCGAAACGUGCGUCCAUGGUGCGCGCGUAACACACCCUUCUAUCGCGCGAACACCCUGUGUGAAAACCGAGCGAGCGCGAACGUGCGAGCGAAUUAAAAGGAGGAGAAAGAGAAGAAAAAAAAAUAGGUGAAAUUUAACGACGCGAGGGGAUGUGAGAGGAAUCCGUUCGUCGGCGCGAUGAGACGCGAACAUUCGCGCGACGCCGAUUUCGCGCGAGCAGCACCAUCACCAGCACCAGUACCAGCCGACGCUGCUACCGCUGCCGACCCCGACCCCGCCGCCGACGCUGCCACCGCGCUGCUGCACCCUCUUGCCGCCACAGCAGCGUAUCUCACCGCGAGCAUGAAGAUUCCGCCUCUCUCAUGACCCAGAGAGAUAAAUAUUUCUGUGCAGCAUCGUAAGCGCACAUGUGGACGAAGAUAAAUCACUUUAGCGAGAGGGAUGUCUGAGAGCGACGGAGAGCAUGCAGCUCGCUCGGUGGCCUUAGAGCAAGCCUACGUCCACGAAGUAUACGAGCAAUGCGCUGAGAAGACUACGCAAAGUAAACACUGGCCACGAGUAUAUCAGUUUCUUCAAGAACUCGAACCGGGUGCUCUCGUCUGUGACAUCGGUUGCGGCAACGGAAAAUAUCUCAGCGUAAAUCACAGUGUCUUCAAAAUAGGGGUGGACAGAUGCAAGCGUUUCACGGACAUCGCGCGCGAGAAGGAAAACGAGGUUCUAAUCUGCGAUAAUUUGGCUCUACCAUUCCGAGAAGAAAGCUUCGAUGCAGUGCUGUCGAUUGCCGUGGUGCACCAUUUCGCUACCACGGAGAGGAGGGUACAUGCGUUGAAGGAGUUGGCGCGAGUCCUUAGAAUUGGGGGUCGACUCGUUAUAUCCGUCUGGGCUAUGGAACAAAAGCAUAGAAAAUUUGAAUCGCAAGAUGUUUUAAUACCAUGGCCCAAAUCGCAUUGUAUGAGCACAGCGUCAGAGGGGACGAAGCAUUCAGGUGUAUCAGACAGUAACGAAAAGCGAGAUGAUGAUGCUGCGCAGAAAUAUCAGUCAUUCUCCAAGAGAAAUAGCCAACGAAAAUGUAAAAGCAAGAGUUAUUGGAUCGAUCCGAUAUUCAGCUUGUCACCAUCCACCAGUAGCCUCUCUAGCCCGAAUGAGACCUGUUAUAGCUGUUUCCGGCGAGCGUUACAGAAAUUAGCGAGGAGCAAACGCGGAGGUGACGGUCGUGCAUGGUUUCCUGGAAGUUGGCAGAGCAGUACCAAGAGCAAGCGGCAUUAUGACCCCGAGGACACGACUGAUGUGGACGAGCUGCCGAUCGAGCUACGCCGCGUAGAGACCACACAUACGCUAACGAUGACGAACAAGCAUUCCACGGACACGCUGAGCAUCAAAUCCAAAAGCUUGGGUGAUAUCUUAGAAAUUGAGAGACUCGAUUUGGUGCGUUCACGGUCCAGCAUCCCGGGUUUCUAUUCGACGUCCGAGCUGAUCUUGGAUGAGCGAUCGGUCUCGUCAUCGUCAAGCGGCUCAAAGCCACGGCUGGUGAAGCAGAAGUCAUACGUAGAGGAGAUUGGUUUGGAGAAUCCCGAAGACACUGCCAUUGAAAACCUGAUAAAAGACCUCCCGGACUUCUCCUGCCAGUCGUUACGCAAGCGUAAUAUACCGUUAAAGCAGAGCUCGAUGAAUGAAGAAUUGAUGUCGGCGGAACGGCUGGAGGAGAAAGAACGAGUGCGACGAAACAUCAUGAAACAAGCGUCGCUGAACGAGGAGCUCAUCUGCAAGUGGCGAACAUUCGAGGCGCUCAAAGAUUCGAUCAGCCCGGUGAGCGCCAGUCGGCGCUUCCAACUGUUAAAGAAUGGACUCACUAAUAAACUCAAGCGUUCCACAACGAACAUCGAGAAGGUCUCCAGCAUGUCCAUCAAGAAUGGUUUCGUUCGUAUGCUGCAAGGAUGGAAAUCCUGUGAGAACGAAUCGACGUCGGCGGAAGCGACGAAGCAGAAGCCAACGGACAAUAAAGUACAACCGGUAACAAUGGUGAAACGUAGCAUCGAGGGUGUCGAACGUCGUCUCUCACGCGAAGACGGCUCGGACUCGUCCAAGGACAGCAGUUUGCAGAGCGAUACCAGCGUAGAUUCCGAAGACAGCUUCGCAUCUGUGAUUUACGUACCGAAGCAGGACGUCACAACAUCGCCGGCAUCGUCUACGAUCAAUGAGGUUCCUUCCGCACCGCGACCGGCGGCAUUACAGCUUAGCACGACGUCGGCACCACCGUCGCCGCGUGUCAAGCAGCCGCUGGACGGUGGUCAAUCAUCUAGAUUCAAAAUGAUCAGCGUGUCACCAUUGCUGAAACAACAAUCGACUGUUACGAAUACAAAUACAAAUACGAAUACGAAUCUCGGUGAUGCGAUGAAAUCUAGUGUGCCGACCGUUGUAGCCAAGGAAACGUUCGAUAAUACUUUACAGGCACCGGCGUCAGAAGAAUUCCGUCUUAUAUCGGAACCGGAUGAAGAGUCGGACACUAAGUCUUUGAUACAUGCCUUUAACGAUGUCACUAAGGUAGUCAGUCGCGAGCCAGUCGUGAGCGAAGACGACAGCCGAAAGGCUAGACUGAAUCAGAUCAAGGAGCUACUGAUAGCGAAGCCGGGCUUUGCGACACGCGCUAGACCGUCGUUUCCAUUGGUCAGACGUGCCUCUACGGCGGCUUCAGGUCGUCUAGAGACAGUCACGAGAAUCUUACCACGUCUGUUAUCUCUAGAAUUGUUCAAUCCGGAGACUGAUGACUUGGAUAGCGAUUCCAGUGGCGUCUCGUCGCCGGAGUCAGUCGGCUCAGUGAUCAGCGUCACAUCGGAUGAGCGAUACAUCGCGAGGAAGGAGGCUGAAGAAAAGAAAAACAACAUACAGACAGAUGACAGUCUUUCCAAAUCAAAUGGAGACGAUAUAUCAAAGAGGACGAGGGAAACGGAAAGUAGUAUACGUGACGAUGAGUCGUUGAGUAUGAUAACAACAACGUCAUUCGAGGAUUCGAAUACACCUCUGGAUCCUCCGCCCGACGACUCGUCCGCGGAUCUUGAAGACGAUACGUUCCUUGCAGAAACCGAGAUAAUGCGCGACAUUUCUCAAGAUAAUUUAGAGACUGACACGAUCUGUUCCACGUCGCGUAUUUUUUUGGAAAAUGAAAAAUCCAUCUCCUCGCAGUCUAUGAAGCUUUUGAAGGCCGCUGCCAAUGUGGCGAGUUCACUGGAGGACGCUGUGGAGAAGGCAAUUCAACACAAUGUCCAAGUAGAACAAUUCUCCCAAAUUGCACAACGGCGGAAUAACGACAGCAUUUGGUCGCAAUCGAGUGUGCGAACGCGAGCGUAUUUGAAGGAAGAUUGUAAAUCCACUUCAGAAGAUUUGGGCGAUUACGCUGAUGAAUCAAGCAGCGAUCUUAUACGAGAUAUUAGUCGGUACUGCCAGAACUCGUCGUUCGAUUUUCUCGAGGUUUGCCAGACGUCGAGAACUACGUCGUCGUCGUCGUCGUCGGAUAUCGCGAAAAAUAAUUUGAAUGCGGAAUCGGAUACUACGGCCUGUUGGAACGAAUGCAAUCAAGUACCUAAGGAGACUUCGUGGAUUGUAAACGAAGUGUACGACGGAGGUGGAUACAACAAGUUCGCUAAUGUGGUCCAAUCUAAACUGACACCCAAAUCCUCUAGAUCUCUCUGUGACGAUGCCGUUUUCGAAUCCGAAUUCGACCAUAAAUUUCCAUGCAACUCCAAGUACGAAGUUGAACUCGAAGCCGAAUCCAAAACUACAUUCAUAUCCAAAUGCGACGAAACGUUUAGGAUUAAUCAAGAAUCUGAAGAGAAAUUAAAAACUGCAAUCGAUCUUGUAUCCAGAUCCAAUCCCAAAUCCAAUAGUAAUCUUAUAAGUGAUACAAAAAAAUCGUUUAUCAAUGCUGAAAGCACGCUCAAUCUCCAAUCUGGAGCAGGACUUAAAUCCAACGUUAAUCAAGAGCAUUAUCGCUCCGCCAACACUUCGUCGUUGUUGCGCAGCAACUCGGACGACACGCUGGACUUUGUGAUGGUGUCGAAAACGGGUGAGUUCGAAGAGGACGCGAAGGCGGUCGGGAAAUGGCGUUCCUCCCACAGUAGGUUAUCAAUGGACUCGAGCGACGUAGGUGACUCUCUGAUAGAGAAUACAGGGACGAGGAGCUUGAGCGAUGGCAGCCAAGCGGAAUCAACAGCGAGACUGUUUACCGGCAGCACGGUGUCAUUGGUAUCAAAUCCAAAUGUGGAGAAUACCCGUCGGUGCUCGGUGGAGCGACGAAGAUUGCAAGAACGCGGCCAUUCGUUGGAUGAGAUGUCGAGCGAGACGAAAAAACGAAAGGGCUGUCUAGUCACCGCGAGCACUAACACCCUAAGUAACGCCUCGUCCCAGGAAUCGUUGCCCUCCGAUCGCGGCGGCGGUUCCAUUACCUAUCACCAAUAUUAUCAUGUCUUUCGGGAAGGCGAACUGGAUCAGCUGAUCAAUAAGUACGUCGAGAACCUGCAUAUCAUUUCAUCGUAUUAUGACCAUGCCAGCUGGUGCGUCGUUGCGGAGAAAGUGCAGGUCUGGACUAUAUGACUUCGGAUACGGAUCAUCGUGUGAAGGACCAGCGACUGUCGCGACUCGUUCUCGGCCGUCUUUGCCAAGUUGUACCGGGUGUCUCGAUAGGAGAUGUCAGCCAGAAGGGAUCAACUAGGUUCAACUUUAUGAAAAUUCGCAUCUGCUUAGUUUUACUUUUCAGUCGAAAAUAGUUCCCGGUUUACUAAUUCAAGAAAAUGAAUCACAAAUCUAAGAAACUAGGAAUAUAUAAUUCCUAAAUCCUUUAAUUUUUAAUGUUUAACACGGUUCGCACUAUAUUUAGAAUUUGGAUUACGAAAUGACGUGUUGGAAAGAACUCUUACCUUCGAGAUAAAAAUACUGAUCCCUUUUUUGGGGGACACACAGUAUACUCCGGUGGAUGGAUUAAAUGCGGUUAAAUACGAGAAAUCUCGGCUCGAGUACGAGACUUACGACUCUAAAUACGUAGAUCUAAGAGUCCAAGGAUCUCAAAAUUCAGGGGUCCAAGAAUCCAAGGAUUUAAAGGCUCAAGGAUUUCAUAAUAAUGUUAACGAGUUUAAUCACAAGUUGACUUUCUAACGAUCCGUUCUCAAAAAUUCUGCGACGACCUAUAUCACUAUUGAAAUAUCGCUUUGCGCUCAUUGAAUAUUCCUUUCAUGUUUAUCUCAUAAGAUUUUUCUGUCCGUUAUGUCACUGAAGUGAUGUGGUGCAAGAGUAUAACUUAAAGACAAAAGAGAUUAAUGACAUAAAUGAUAAAGAUUAAUGUCAUAAACGAUUUAAUUGAAUUUAUAUGUCAUGAAAUCUCCAACAACAAAAUGAGGAACAUUAAAAAAAUAGUUAUAAAUAUUUCUUUCAAUUUUGGUUUCUAUUAAUUGUUGCAAUAAUUUUUGUUUUCCACGUUCACAAUUCGUUUGAUUUUAGCUUCACUUCAGGGACGUUUAGGACUAUUCAUUUCAUUUAUCAGACUCGCAUAUCUCGGAACAACGAUUGCAGAAAGCAUGAUUCUUCGAGAACACAUCAAAGUAAAAGAGGGCGAAAGGUAUUUGCUCGAAGGGUGUUGAUUUUCUCGAAGAGUGAUGCGAUCUGAAUGUACAUGCAUUAAGCAUAAAAGUUCAGAAAAAUUCAGAAACGGCAAUUGGCUCCGGCUGUGGAGCGUAUUUUCUAGCUUCUUGAGGAACCGACAAUAUCCGAACGCUUGAACGUAGAUAUACCUCAAUAAUACGAACGUUCCACUUCCAGAAAUGUAUACAUGCAUACUAAACAUGCAUACGUUUACACACGUGUUUGCGUAUAUACAUGUACUAGCGUAUUCCUUACUUGUAGAAAAUUCUGGCGAGAAUUUGCAUCGGCAAAUUAAACUGUCGUUAUCAAAAUUGGCAACAAAGAUUAGAUCAAUGAGAGAACGAUAAUAUUUCGAAUUUUGGUAAUUUAAACAGAAAAUAUUAUAAAUAAGCUUGCAAUGAUUGGACAUAAGCAAGUAAGGGAUAUUCUAAUACACAUGCCUAUCUACAUACAUACAUACAUACACAUAUACACAUACAACAAACACAUGCGGCAUACGUACGUACAUACGUGUGAUACAUAUAUAUUAGGAUAUAAGGAUUCAAAGAUCCAAUGAUCUAAAGAUUGAAUGCUUAUAUCCUUGGAUUCUUCGCCCUAAGUUCUUCGAUUCCCCAGACCGUUCAGCUUUUACGUUAAGAAAUAUUUUUAUUAUCAAUUUUCUUCAUUCCGUGAGUGCUCACCUUUUUGAAAAUUCUCAAUUUUCCCACGAUCGUACUUAAUAGUCCUCAAAUCGCUGAACAUUUUAAUCCGUGCAGUCUUUAGAUCCUUUUAAGUAAUCCUUUUAAUCCUGAAAUCCAACGGAAGAUAUUCCUAGCGCGUUGUUAUAUUUGACAAUUUUUAAAUUCAUACAGUAUAAGGCAUUCGGCGACUGAAGAUCCAAGGAUCCAAGCAUCCGUUUACGUUACCGUAUACUCACACGUCGCAUAGAGCAGGGCAUAAAUGUAAUCUAAGCUUCGUUAUUUUUAUCAUCUCAAUUAUCGUAGUCGAGAACGAAGUUUUUAUCAUGACCCCUUUAACCGGUGAACCAGACGCAGUCCCUUUGCGCCAAAAACAGAUACCUGCAAUGAAAUUGCUGAUAAAUUUCACGAUAUAUCAUAGGAUAAAUUGUAUUGUAUCUCGAGAGUGAUACUCGCAACGGAUCGCUGAAAUUAACGCAAUAUUAAAUUAAGAACUUUUUAAGGAUAGAGUGCGCGUGCACGCGAAAGAUUUGUCCUUUAUCUAUAGUUUUCGGCGCAUAAUAUGCAGUAGAAUACACUAAAGAAAAUAAAAAAGAAAGAGACUAUGUGAUGAAUAAGAGCGAGCUUAGGAUUACUGGUUAAAGGGUGAUUUGACCGAGAGCAACAAGCUGCUGUUCCGUUUCCGGAGAACCGUUUGGUUAUCCAGACGCAUUUAACAGGUAGUCAACGAUGUUCUUUUCUAAUUUAUGGGAUGAUUUUCAUUCGUACCCGUUUCAAAGAAGGAAAUGCGUAUCACACACAAGAAGCGUGCAUGUGUGUAUGUAUGCGUGAGAGAAAGAUAGAGCGCUCGAGAGAAAGGGUAGACCAAAGAUGCAAUCUCGAGAAAGAGAAAAACCGGUGUAAAUAUGUAAAAUAAAGUGUUCCUGACGUAAACGCACAGAAGAUCGUCAGAAGACAUAGAUCCAACAA